GGUAUGAUCAGUUAAUGUUGGUCAAUCACUAAGAACGGUUGACUGGCUUUUGGUGGGCUCCUCUAAUUUGAACGGAAAAAUCGUUAUUUCACUGUCCCGAAAUAAAAAAAAGGAACAACAGGCAAUUAUUUAUUGAACUUAAACCAAAAAAAAAAACAGUAUUUAUUUUUAAAGAUGUCCACAGAUAGUAUAUCGACAUCGAAAGAGAAGUCAUGUUCGGUGGCUACUUUAAGCGAUUUUCAUUCAAGAACAAAUCUUACAGAAAAGGGUCAACAAAUAGAUGAAUAUGAUCCCUUUGCCAAUCGAGAUCAGGAGAGUGGUGCAUCAACAGGUGGAGCCUUGGCCCAUUUACUAAAGUCUUCCUUGGGCACGGGUAUUUUGGCUAUGCCCAUGGCUUUCUACAAUGCGGGUCUAUUAUUUGGUUUAAUCGGCACCAUCAUUGUGGGUUUCUUGUGUACCUAUUGUGUGCAUAUAUUGGUCAAAACCUCUCACAACAUUUGCCGAGAUGCUAAAGUGCCUUUUUUGAGCUUUUCCGAAACCGCUGAGAAAGUUUUCGAAUAUGGUCCAAAACCUUUGAGGCCAUGGGCAAACUUUGCCAAACAAUUUGUGGAUGGAUCUCUAAUGGCCACCUAUUAUGCUGCUGCCUGUGUUUAUAUCGUUUUUAUUGCUACCUCAUUUCAUGAUGUAAUCAAUUAUGAUUUGAAUCUUAAGUGGGAUGUACGCAUUUAUAUUGCCCUAACCCUGAUACCCUGUUUGUUUAUUGGACAAAUACGCAACUUAAAAUGGCUGGUUCCAUUUUCGGCUUUGGCGAAUGUCUUUAUUGUGGUUACAUUUGGCAUCACCCUGUAUUAUAUGUUCAAUGUACCAUUGGUGUUUAGCGAUAAACCAUUUGUGGCCAAGGUUACGCAAAUACCCUUGUUCUUUGCCACUGUCAUCUUUGCCAUGGAAGGUAUUGGUGUAGUUAUGCCUGUCGAGAAUUCCAUGAAGAAACCACAACAUUUCUUGGGAUGUCCGGGUGUAUUGAAUACGGCUAUGAUAACGGUUGUUUCGCUGUAUGCCAUCAUUGGUUUCUUUGGCUAUGUACGUUAUGGUCCAACUGUGCGUGGAAGUGUUACAUUGAAUUUACCAGAUGGCGCACCAUUGGCUGAUGCCGCCAAAUUGCUAAUGGCCAUUGCCAUUCUCUUUACCUAUGGCCUGCAAUUCUAUGUGCCCAAUGAUAUUCUGUGGAAGAAAAUCAGUCAUAAAUUCGAUCCUAAAAAUCACAAUAGAACCCAGAUUCUUCUUAGAACGGGUAUUAUUUUAAUCAGUGGUGGUGUUGCUGCUGCCAUACCCAAUUUGGAACCCUUCAUUAGUUUGGUUGGUGCUGUAUUCUUCUCACUGCUUGGUAUUUUCGUGCCCAGUUUUGUCGAGUCCGUCUACUUAUGGCCCAAUAUGGGUUUUGCCAAAUGGAAGCUUAUCAAAAACGUUUUACUGUGCAUUUUAGCCAUUUGUGCCCUGGUGGCCGGUGCAACUGUCAGUAUUGAAGAGAUCAUUGACAUGUACAAAUAAACAAAAAACAAAACACAAUCCUCGCCCAUUACCCUAACACAUUCCCCACAGUUGUGAACUAUAUAUUAGAUCUAAUCACAAAUAGGUUUAAUUAGUUUAAAUAUAAUCUAGUUAUUAUUUUUUUUGAAAUUGUGGAUAAUAUUUUCUAAGCAAAUGUUAUUGUUAAUUUUUUUGUGCUUGUUGUAAACAGAGAUAUAUUUAUUGUUGCAAAUAUUUAGAAAACGACCAAGUAUAAAAAUUGUUGUUUUAAAUUUUAGUCCUAAAUAUUGAAAUUAAGGUGCUUUCUGUUUAUUGCAACUUAAUAGACUGCCCUUGGAAAUUGAUAUUAUUUCAUAAGUUAAUGUCUUUUUUUUUAUUAAAUUUAGUGUGGAAAUUCCCUAAGGAACUGUGUAAAAUUUAAAAAAAAAAAUAAGUUAUUAUGAAAGAAGCAUACAUACGUGUAUUAUGAAUUUACUUUAAGUGAAAAUUUUCAAAUUUGUAAACAUUUUAGCCAUAACCUCAAACUAUUAUUUUUUUUCCAUUAUUUUACACAAGCCCUUAGUGAUAUUUAUUCCUAAAUAUAUGCGCACAAUUGUACUUAAAUUACAAUUAAGUUUUAUAUUAUUAAGUUUUAUACAUAAAUAUGUAUUAAUAUUACGAUUUCAAAGCGAUUUUAACAAAGUCAAAUAAA